AUGGUCGGCAUCACCACCUACGGCACAGCCGCUCUGGCUGCUGCCGGCACCGCCUUUGGUAGGAAAUACGCCGUCGCCGAAAAUUAUGAUCACACCAACUUUUACGACAAGUUCGAUUUCAUCACCAAACCGGCUUCCGCCAAGGGACACACCGACCUUCGGAGCCUGCCGAAUGCUCUUGACCUCGGAAUAACCAACCUCCGCAACGGAGAAAUCUACUUAGGCGUCGAUCACAACACUACUCUGCCCGAUGCCCCAGAGAUGCACCCUUACGCGGGCUCGUCUGGCCUCGGGGGCGGCCGCACGAGUUUCCGCGUCGAAUCCAAGGCUGCCUACAAGAAGGGCCUCAUCGUUGCCCGCUUUAGCCACAUCCCCCCGGCCGUCUGCGGUUCCCGCCCAGGAUUCUUGACGCUCGGUCAGAGCGGUAAAUGGCCCAACACCGGUGAAAUCAACAUGCUCCAGGGCUGGAACGACAGCCCGACCAACAAACCGUCCAUUCACGUCGGUAAGGAAUCGAAAUUUGGCAAAUGCGUCCUGGACGGCUACGACCAGGCCGCUUUCCCGUCCUCAGCCACGAACUGCGACAAUUCGUAUUUUGACCCUCCUCGGCAGUGGAGGAAUCAGGGCUGCAUUUCGGAAGAAGUCAGCAACGGCAUCUGGAACUCCCCAGAUGGCGGCAUCCGUAUGAUUCCCAUUGUCCGCCCCCAGGCCUCCUAUGAAGAGUGGCUAACCAUGAUGACAGAGGCCUUGGAGUGGAACGAGGACUUCAUCAAGAUCUACUCUUGGCCGUUCACGUUGGCGCCGAAGAACAUUGACCAAGAUGAGCCGGACACGUCGUCUUGGGGCAGUCCGUCGGUCCACCUGAAAAAGUCUCACUGCGACAUUGAGAGUCAUUUCGGCGAGCAGAAGAUGGUCUUCUACCUCUCUUUCUGCGGCAGCCCCACUGGCGAGAAUUUCUUCUGGGAUGAUUUUCCGGGCAAGGAUGCCGUCUCGUGCAAGGUGAAGACGGGCGAGUCCACCUGCAUCGACUACGUCAACAGGCACCCCGAGGCUUUCAAGGAGUCCUACUUCAAGAUUAAAGACAUUCGGUACUUUGAGGAGAAGGAGGUGACUUCGUCGUCGAGCACGUCCAUGGUCUCUACCCCGUCGUCGUCCAUCCCAUCGUCGUCCGCCACCUUGCCGUCCACCAACUCAUCGUCCAUCGCCACGACAUCCGAUCCCUUGGGGCCGACAAUUGACCUACCGGCCAUGGUGACGCCAACUACCACCGCGACAUCCGAUCCAUUGGGGCCGACAAUUGACUUGCCGGCCGUGGUGACGCCAUCCACCACCGCGACAUCCGAUCCCUUGGGGCCGACGAUUGACCUACCAGCCAUGGUGCCGCCGUCCAACGCCUCGUCGUCCAUCACCUCGCCGUCCACAGCCUCGCCACCCACCACCUCGCCCGACGAGUCGCUCCCCUUCGAGUUUUCCGGCAACUUUAACCCAGAAACCAAGACCCCCGAAUCCAAGGAUGGAAGCACCCCUGGCUCGACCAAGGACGAGGACGAGCCGCUCCCCUUCGAGUUUUCCGGCAACUUUAACCCAGAAACCAAGACCCCCGAAUCCAAGGAUGGAAGCACCCCUGGCUCGACCAAGGACGAGGACGAGCCGCUCCCCUUCGAGUUUUCCGGCAACUUUAACCCAGAAGCCAAGACCCCCGAAUCCAAGGACGGAAGCACCCCUGGCUCGACCGAGGACGAGGACGAGCCGCUCCCCUUCGAGUUUUCCGGCAACUUUAACUCAGAAGCCAAGACCCCCGAAUCCAAGGACAGAAGCACCCCUGGCUCGACCAAGGACGAGGACGAGCCGCUCCCCUUUAAGUUUUCUGGCAAUUUUGACCCAGUAGUCACGAUCCCCGAUUCCGGGUACGAAGUCCCUAGCUCGAGCGCCGAACCUUCGGUAACUCCAGAGAGCGCCUCUUCCUCCAGCUCGACCGUCGGACCGAGUGAGACCACCGACAGCUUUAACCCAGAAGUGACCAUGACCGAAUUCACAGCCGAACCAAGUGAGACUACCGCCAGCCUUAGCCCUGAAGUUACCAUCACCGAAUCCAUGGACGGAGGCAUUCCUAGCUCGACCGCCGAACCCUUGGAAACUACAGAGAGCUCUGCUUCCUCCAGCUCGACCAUCGCACUGAGUGAGACCUCUAGCAGCUUCGGCCCAGAGGUUACCAUCUCCGAAUCCAUGGGCGAAAGUAUCCCUAGCUCUACCGCCGAACCUUCAGCGACUCCGGAAGAUGCUGCUUCCUCCAGCUCGACCGUUGAACCCACCCGGCAGGUGAAGGGAACCCACUACAGCUCGGGUUUCAAACCUACUGGAUCCGUGAGCGGAAGUGUCUCCAGUUCGGCCGUCCAAACUGGCAGGUACACGAACGGAACCACCACAAGCGGCAACUCUCAUGGAGCUUUCACGUCUGGCAUCACGCCCGCACCGGUCCCCAUGACGGCUUCUACCGUCUACAAGACGGAUGUCUACGUCGUCACCGACUGCCCCAAGACGGUCACUAAAUGCCCUGCCAACGGCUACACAACCACCGUCAUCAUGGCCUUGUACACGACCCUCUGCCCCGUCAGCCCCGUGGACGUGCCUACGCCGGUUUCGCCGGUUUCACCCAGUGCCAAGACGGCGACGGCCAAGAUUUCAAAGGUGUACACCAUAACGAAGUGCCCUCCCUCGGUGCCAAACUGCCCGAUCGGCAGGGUCGUUACCGAGAAUUGUCCCGGAUGCGCCGCCGCAACGCCUUCGGCCCAUCCUGAGCCUGCGCCGUUCAACGUUCAUGUCGGACCGGAGCUGCCCAGCAACGACAACAACCAUCACGUCCCGGCCGAUAAGAACGACAACGUCGUCGAUAAGGGUGACUUUACAGACACUGAAAUCGACGACGACGACUUCCCGCCCCAGGACGGAACCGUUGCCCCGCCUCCGCCGGCGAGCUGCGAUGGUGUUGGGUGCCGAAGCAACGGCAACGACAGCGUCCCCGUCGAGGCUUGCUCGGGCAAGAGCUGCCGUCCCAACAUUGUCAGCGGCGCGGGCCAAGUCGCCGUCAACGCCGUCCUGGCUCUCGUCGGUGCUGCUGUCGUCAUGCUUCUGUAA